AGACAUGAACUUCCUUUGUACCGUCCUCGUUCUUCUCUCAUUUCUUUUGUUUGCAACAAUUACAGAAUCAAGAAUGGGUGCAGGAGGCUACAAGGAAUUCGAAAACGCUAUUGAAAGACGUCCCCAGCCAGAAAACUUAUGGGAACUCAUGAAAGAACAAUUGGACACUGAUAAUGUUAAUGUUAAUCUUUCUGAUGAUAAAGAUGAGAAAACCGAUUGCCGGGAUGGGAAUGCGCUUGAGAUGGCUGAUGAUGAAGUAUACAAUAUUGAUACGACUGAAGUAACAAAAUCCAGUAAUCAUGAAAAAAACCCAGAGUCCAGUGAUGAUGAAGUAUACGAAGCCGCGAAUGCCUUUUAUGAAGACUUUGAGCCGGGGCCAUAUAUUUCUGUUUAUAACAACUGA